CUGCUGGGCUGUCUAACUUUCAUCAGGAGGCAGGACGUGACCUUCCAGAGAAGUAGGCUUGUACCAGUCUCCAGAAAAAUCCAGGCGGGAGAGUGGAACCUUUAGACUGGCUACGAGCCUCUGGCACUGGGCACUGGGCUGUCUAACCAGAGCAUCAGAUUACGCAUCAGGAGGCAGGACGUGACCUUCCAGAGAAGCAGGCUCGUACCAGGCUCCAGAAAAAUCCAGGCGGGAGAGUGGAACCUUAAGACUGGCCACGAGCCUCUGGCACUGGGCACUGGGCUGUCUAACCAGAGCAUCAGAUUACGCAUCAGGAGGCAGGACGUGACCUUCCAGAGAAGCAGGCGUGUACCAGGCUCCAGAAAAAUCCAGGCGGGAGAGUGGAACCUUUAGACUGGCCACGAGCCUCUGGCACUGGGCACUGGGCUGUCUAACCAGAGAUCCACGAGUUUGGGAACCCCUGACUAAAACCAUAUCAGGUAUGGAUGACGAAAGCCUUCCGCAAAAAAUUGGGAAAGCCUUGCCUGAAUUGGACUUUGCACAGCUGAAUACAUUGCUCAAGUACCUUAGAGAAGAACUUGGAGUGGUUACAGAAUCUGACCUUCAGUAUGUGGAGAGGGAUGAUAUACAGCCCCUUUUAACUCCAAUACAGACCCGCAGGCUUCUCAAGGCUUGCAGGGGAACGGAAUCAAAUGGACACAUGAACACAGAUUCAACAGGGAGCUCCCUGGAACUUGUUACAGUCACCAGUUCACUCCUUUCAUCACAAAGUUCCACUAGUCCUGUCCUCUCUGCCAGCUCACCCCUUGACAUACAACCACAGGCUGGUCCCAGUUCUUGGAUCACCAGAUUUGUUGUUCCAUGGGAGAAGAUGUCUCCUGCACUUUCACUAGCCAUCUCGAUGGGAAAGAGGGCUGACCCUAGAGACAGAAUUGCAAUGGUGAGAACUGUGGUUGAGGCCAUGCAAGUCCACUGCCCAAACCCAAACAGAGCUGCAUGUGCUGAAAUAGCCAAAGCAAUUGUGUCAAAGCAUCCAAGAACGUUUGGAGAUAUAACGGAGGAAGGAGAACUGCUGGGGAGUGGAUACCAUUCUCUGCUUGAACAGCUGAAAAGAAGAGUUGAGCAUGUCAACCGCAACUGUGAUAGCCAUCGAAUCCGUCAGCCCAAGAGGACACCAAAUGAUGACAGCAAUGCCAACAGAAGAGUGAGAUCCAAAGUAGACAGCUAUGGUUGUAUAAAUUGGCAACCAAAGGAUCUUCCUGAAGGAGAGACAUCAGACUCAUUGGAGAGUAAGCGAGUGACCCUGGUAGAGCUGUUCGGAUCUAUGGGCCCAAGAGCUGCGGAACUGACAGAAGUGGAUGAGUUCAUGAGGCUAACAUACAUUUACCAACGGUACAUGAUAAAUUCAUGUCCCCCUCCCCCCUUGCACCUUCUUGAGGAACACUGGCCUUUUCUUUUCACAAAAAGAGGGCUAUGCACCCACUUCCUCACACUGACUGGCAUUGAUAUUGAUGAUCGUCUUGGUGAAGCUCUUGUCACAAAGGGCAGGAGGAUUGUGAGUUUCUUCCAAAGCCAAAAACUGAAGUGGGGAAAUGAGAUCCAAGCUUUGCUGAAGGAAAUGGAGAGUGCCACCUCAGAGAGAAACCAGGACCUAACUGCCAUAGCAGCAGUUCUUCUCGCGAUGAAGUACUUCCAUGAGACGGAGGACUCCAUCUUCAUCUUGUCAGUCGCAACUGCAACCAAGAUAUCUAUUGAAGCAGAGAAGGAUUUGCCUGCUACACCGCGGCUCAUCAUGCUUGGCAGGACACUACUGUCUGCUGACCAGUGGAUGGUCAGCAUUGAGGAAAAAGUGGCAUAUACACUGGAGCACCAACACAGUUUUGCUGCUGCCAUGGCUGUGUAUUUCGGUUGCUUCUACAUCUACAACAUUGAGUACGAGGAGUCGGCUUGCGCAACACUGGAGUUGAUCCAAAGAUUCUUUGUGAGAAUAAACCCAGAGGAGGGAAGCAAAUGCACGGCUAAAGUUGGCACAAGCAGGAGGACAGGAGCGGUGGUGAAAAGAAAGACGUCAGCUAUGAAUUCUCGCGUCACAACCUUUCUCCGACGCCUCACAGAAUUUGAAUGGAAGACCUCGAACUAGAAAGACACUCUCCACUGAAGUCUGUCCAACAUCCUGCUAACCACCCCCCCCCAAUCACCAAACGAAGGUCUGUGGCCUCCCCUGCCCCCUUGCCCCAUUGUUUGAGGUAUUUUUCAACCUCUCCGAGUUUGUUAGAG